UGCGUCCCGCCUCCGGGUUGCCCUUAGCGCCGCCUGAUUGCACUUGAGCCCUUGCGGUGUUCCAGGCGCUGUGUUGUGCGGGGGUUGGAGGCAGCGGGUCCCCGUCGCCAGUGCCAUGUCUGGAUGCCACGCUCCAGAAGGAGACUGUUGCUCGCGGCGAUACGAAGCGCAGGACAAGGAACAUCCAAGAUACCUGAUUCCAGAACUUUGCAAACAGUUUUACCAUUUGGGCUGGGUCACUGGGACUGGAGGAGGGAUUAGCUUGAAGCGUGGCAAUGAAAUCUACAUUGCUCCUUCAGGCGUGCAAAAGGAACGAAUUCAGCCGGAAGACAUGUUUGUUUGUGAUAUAAACGAACAGGAUAUAAGUGGACCUCCAGAAUCUAAGAAGCUAAAAAAAAGCCAAUGUACUCCUCUUUUCAUGAAUGCUUAUACAAUGAGAGGAGCAGGUGCAGUGAUUCAUACCCACUCUAAAGCUGCUGUCAUGGCCACCCUUCUCUUUCCGGGACGAGAGUUUAAAAUUACACAUCAAGAGAUGAUAAAAGGGAUAAGGAAAUGCACCUCUGGAGGGUAUUAUAGAUACAAUGAUAUGUUAGUGGUACCGAUUGUUGAGAACACUCCUGAAGAGAAGGACCUCAAGGAACGCAUGGCUCGUGCAAUGAAUGAGUACCCUGACUCCUGUGCAGUGCUCGUCAGGCGCCAUGGAGUAUAUGUGUGGGGAGAAACCUGGGAGAAGGCUAAAACCAUGUGUGAGUGCUAUGACUAUUUGUUUGAUAUUGCUGUAUCCAUGAAGAAAGUUGGCCUUGAUCCUACCCAGCUCCCAGUUGGAGAAAAUGGAAUUGUAUAAGCCAAAUGAAAGUUUAAUUAUAUACAAUAGAAGCCUAAAUGCAACUAUUACUUUACUGAUACUUGAUUAUUUUUUGAAUAAAUUGAAAUUUGUAUGAUACCAUUACUUUGUCACUAUAUACCACAGGUGUUCAUGCCUAAUGUCUUCUGCCAUUGUAUAUUUGUUUAUAU